GUGUCUCCGGCUCCCAUCGGGAUUCCUGCUGUUGGUCACAUGACGAGCUGGGAAAACCUCCUGACUCCCCGCUCCUCCUCCUCCUCCUCUUUCUCCUCUCGCCCUGUCAGUCGACUCUGUUCGGGCUGUGUGUGUAUGUGUAUGUGUGUGUGUGUGUGUCUGUUAGCUAGCUGCUAGCCAACAUCACUACAAUAAACUGCAGAAACGAAAGGCAAAUAUGGCGGAUACGGCCAGGGACCCUCCACCGGAGCAGACCGACUUCCAUGAGCUGGAGGACGGGGAGGAACUGUUCCCGGAGCCGGCCGCAGCACAUGAGCCACAACCAGCCAGUCUGCCUGCUGAGAACAUCAGCACCAACUCAAAUGGACCCAAGCAAGACCUGCUGUUUGAUGACGACCCAGAGGACCUGUUCGCAGAAGCGACGGAGGAGGUUUCGUUGGACAGUCCAGAGAGAGACGUUCUGCUGUCCGACGGCCCGUCGCCCGCCAUCACUCCCAUCACCCCUCCCACCUCCGUCAUCACUCCUCGCAUUGGCCACACCCACGACGACAUGUUCACACACUCCUCAUUUGAUGAGAUUGAAGAAGAGGAGGGCGGAGAUUCUUUUGAUAUUCACAUAUCGGUGUCUGACCCUGAGAAAGUUGGUGAUGGCAUGAAUGCAUACAUGGCCUACAAAGUGACGACGAAGACCUCCAUGUCUGUGUUUAAGCACAGUGAGUUUUCAGUAAAAAGGCGUUUCAGUGACUUUCUGGGUCUGCACAGUAAACUGGCCUCCAAGUACCUGCACAUAGGCUACAUCGUCCCCCCCGCGCCAGAGAAAAGCAUCGUAGGGAUGACAAAGGUGAAGGUGGGAAAGGAGGACCAGUCAUCCAACGAGUUUGUGGAGAAGAGGAGGUCGGCACUCGAGAGGUAUCUGAUGAGAACGGUGAAGCACCCCAUCUUACUGAAGGAUCCUGAUGUUCUGCAGUUUCUGGAGAGUUCGGAGCUGCCGCGGGCUGUCAGCACUCAGGCUCUGAGCAGCGCCGGACUUCUGCGAAUGGUCAACAAGGCGGCUGACGCAGUCAACAAGAUGACCAUCAAGAUGAACGAGUCCGAUGCUUGGUUUGAGGAGAAACAGCAGCAUUUUGAGAAUCUGGACGUCCAGCUGAGGAAACUUCACACGAGUGUGGAGUCUCUGGUGUGUCACAGGAAAGAGCUGUCAGUGAACACAGCACAGUUUGCCAAGUCAGCGGCCAUGUUGGGGAACAGUGAGGACCACACGGCUCUUUCUCGAGCGCUGUCCCAGCUGGCUGAGGUGGAGGAGAAGAUUGAUCAGCUGCACCAGGACCAGGCCAAUGCUGACUUCUACCUCUUCUCCGAGCUGCUGGGUGACUACGUCCGCCUGCUCACUGCCGUGAAGGGGGUGUUUGACCACCGUAUGAAGACGUGGCAGAAGUGGCAGGACAGCCAGAUGUUGCUGCAGAAGAAACGGGAAGCUGAAGCCAAACUGCAGUUCACCAACAAACCCGACAAACUGCAGCAGGCCAAAGACGAGAUCAAAGAGGAGAUUGAGGAGCUGGAGGGGAAAGUCCAGCAGGGCGAGAGAGACUUUGAGCAGAUCUCCAAAACCAUCCGCAAAGAAGUCAGCAGGUUUGAGAAAGAGAGGGUGAGGGACUUUAAAACGAUCAUCAUCAAAUACCUGGAGUCUCUGGUUCAGACACAGCAGCAGCUGAUAAAAUACUGGGAGGCUUUCUUACCUGAAGCCAAGGCCAUCUCAUAGACUCCACUCCUGCACAGACAGUCCUGGCCGGCUCUGGUUAAACUACAGCACCCAUAAUGCACUUGUCCUCCCAGAUCCUUCCUGCUCCUCCUGUUUAAGCCCAGAGUAAAGAAGAGAAGUGAGGCAGCAAAUCAGCCAAAAGUUGACCAUGUUUAUUCCUGUUUGUUUGUUUGUUUUUUGCUGCAUUCAUGUCCCGACUGAAGCUUUAGGACAUGUAGGAAAGAUGACACAACAAAACAGUUCCUGCAUUCAUUUUUAUUAAAUCUGAAAUCUUUGGCCUGGAAAUUCCUAUUUUUGUAUGACUGUGAACGCAGCACAGGUUACGGCCACACAUACUUUGUUUUUUCUGUGGGGGGGUAAGGGCUUUUAUAGCAAACAUCAACAAACAGGUUUUGGUGUUGGGACGUAUGGAAGCGCGAUAAACUGGAAAUCUUUGGGUUUGUAAUUGGUGGGAUUUGGUUCCCCUCAGCCAAAAUGAAUCCAUCAAAAAGGAAUGAAACAUUUUCAGUAACGUCGCGUAUAAAAGCUUAUUUAGGGGGAUUCAAAGAAAAGUAUUUGCCUUUCCACACAUUUAAUUUCUUUAUGGUUUUCAUGGCGGCUUCUAUACAAUGCACCCCCCCCCCCCCCCCC